AUGAAUUUCUGGGAGGACCCAUGGGUCCCUAAUAUUCAAGGAUUCAUCCCAAAACCAAGACAACUCCCUGUCAUAUCUUUUGGCAUGGUAAACUCACUUAAACGCAGCAAUGGAGAUUGGGAUGAUGUCCGAUUAAAUGCUCUGUUUGAUCAUGAAUCGGUUCAAAAAAUCCAGGAAAUGUUCUGGGCCAAAAGUAACCAGGAGGACAAAAUUAUCUGGUCAAAAACAAGGAAUGGAACUUUCAACGUCAAGACAGCUUACAUGGCACAGGAAGCCGAUCAUCACAAAGAACAAAAUUGGUGGAAGAUCCUCUGGAAAAGCAAACUUCAUGAGAGAACCAAGUUCUUUUUAUGGAAACUAGCAAAUCAUGGACGUCCCGUCUCAUCCAACUUAUCCAAUCGUGGAAUGUCUGUAAUUCAUAAUGAGUGUGUUUAUGGAUGCAACUGUAGCGAAGAUGAAAUUCAUGUUUUCUUUCUAUGUGAAGUGGAUCGGUGGAUGGCUGGCUUUCUUCCUAUACAUGAGGAUGAUAAAGAGAAUUUCCUCUUCUUCAGCGCCAUCACAUUGGAAUAUUUAUGGAAAAUUAGGAAUACAAGUUACCACACAGUAGAAACUCCGAAUCUGCAGCAAAUAGCAGUUUUGAUACACAAAAAUGUCAAUGAGAUGAUCGACGCAACCAAACGGGAUGCUAGAGCUAGCCGCAGUCCAGAGGAGUCCAACGGACACAACCAUCUCUCUUGGAGAAAACCCUUGGCCGGAUUCAUCAAAUUAAAUUCAGAUGCAAUGAUGAGAUCCAAUGGCUGCUUCAUAGCCAUAAUAGCCAGGAACGAAGAAGGCAAAGUACUGUCAAUACACUCCUUCAAGUCGAGAGUCUCAAUCCCUGAAGUAGCCAAGCUAGAAGCCGUUGCAAAAGCCAUGCAUGUAGCCCAGUUUCAUGGGUGGACAAAGGUGAUAUUUGAAACCGAUGCCUAA